AUGACACUAGAAGAGAUGAACCGUUUUCGAGACGACUACAUGCAACGUCUGUUGAGCAAGAAAAAGCUUCACUUGCUACUUGAUCUAGAUCAUACGUUGGUUCAUACAAUACUAUUCGAGACAUUAAUGCCUAUUGAAAGAAAAAGAAUCGAAAAGAUCGAUGAUGCGUACAAGAUUUUUGAUGGUAAGUAUGUGAUGAAGUUAAGGUCUGGUUUACGUGAGUUUCUUAAAGAAGUUAGUACAAUGUUUGAUGUGUCGAUUUAUACCAUGGGAAGUCGGUUUUAUGCGGAAGGAGCGAUUAAGUUGCUUAAGAUUGAGACUGUUUUUCCGAAAAAUUCAUGGGUGAUUAGUAGGGAAGACUGCAUCAUAGACGGACAAAAAGCAUUAGAUGUUGUAUUGUCGCACAAGAAAGUAGCUGUUAUUGUGGACGAUAUAGAAGAAGUUUGGGAAGAGUCUUGUUUGAACAAUCUGAUAAAAAUUCGUCGUUAUAAGUUCUUUCCAGUUGAAGAGGGAAUAGAGGAGUUAGACAAUGAACUUGCUAGGAUUUGA